AUGUCAAACUCGUCUGUGGAAUCCUUAAAUCAUUCUUUAGACGGCUCCGGAUCGGAGAGUGAUACCAACAGUAUCAAUACUAUAAACACAAGUGUUGACGGGAAUAUUGGAGAUGUUGAAGAACAAACAUUCCUCACAUUGGGUGAUACUACUUUGAUAGAAACGGCCCCUCUACCAAUGCUGGAGAGGAAGCAGGCGGAGCUAAACUUGGAAGAUUGCUAUAAAAAUGGGGGAUCUUCUCGGUUUUGGGAGGACAAUAAUUGUCCUCAGAACGACGAUAGCUCCACCAGGAACGAAAUAACGCCAAGUUGUACCGUAGGACCUAAUGGAUAUGAAAGAUUUCAAACGGAUGAUGGGCAAUGGCUUGAGGUUAGGGGAUGGGGAGAUGGAUCCGUUGGAAGUUUCGUGAGAGAAGAUGAAGGGAAAUUCGGAAGUGUGAAAGGCACUGCACAGAAAGAAGGGAGAGAUGGGGAUGGAUCGUCGAGAGAUUCAGGCUGUUGA